AGUGAUGUAAAUACAAUAUUUCGCGGAAAUUCAUUGGUAUCCAAAUGUAUGGAUGAGUUGAUGAAAAUAGUAGGCAUUCGUUAUCUUCACGAAACACUUCGCACAACAAUAGAACAGGUGUUGAGUGAACACAAGACGUGUGAAAUAGAUCCGAGUCGUUUCAAAGACGGGGAUUCAUUGGCUACUAAUAUGGCGAAUCUGAAGAUCUAUAUAACCAGUACUUUCAGAUCCAUCACCUCAUCAGCGCUCAGAUGUCCACAACUAAUGUGUGAGAUAUUCUCUGUUCUCAAAGAGUUGGCCAUAAAAUACUUUCCCGAGAGUCGAGAAGUUUGUUAUUAUGUUAUCUCCGGUUUCGUAUUUUUACGAUUCUUCGCGCCGGCAAUACUUAACCCAAAACUGUUUGAGAUAACAGAUCAACAAAUCAGCAAUCAAGUGAUUAAAGAAGAAUAUAUGAUAACUCUAUACAAAGAAUUUCUGACAGAACAACACAUCGAAUCAACAAAAGUGUUCUUGGAAUUGAUUUCUUCGUCGACCACUCUAUCGGUUCCCAGAGUUAAUGAACUGCCAGUCCUUUUGAAAGAAAGCAAUCAAGUGAUUAAAGAGGAAUAUAUGAUAACUCUAUACAAAGAAUUUCUGACAGAACAACACAUCGAAUCAACAAAAGUGUUCUUGGAAUUGAUUUCUUCGUCGACCACUCUAUCGGUUCCCAGAGUUAACGAACUGCCAGUCCUUUUGAAAGAAAGCGUAAUGACCAAAAGAGCUCAGGGAAGGCGAAGGAUUGGCAUUGCGUUCAGAAAUUUCAAGAAACGAUAUUUUUGUCUAAACACACAACACUUCUUCUACUCUAAGACAAAGAAUAAGAGACCUCUUUGUCGGAUACCUAUUAAUGAAAUACUGGCCGUUGAGAAACUACAGGAACAAAGUUUCAAAAUGAAAAAUAUGUUUCAAGUGGUCCGCAAAGACAGAGCCCUUUAUAUUCAGGCGAGUAAUUGUGUUGAAGAGAAGGAAUGGAUUGAUAUAUUGACAAAAGUGUGUCAAACAAAUCGCAAUCGUCUUAAGGAAUACCAUCCGUCGGCUUUCAUUGGCGGACAAUGGCUUUGCUGUAAAGCACCGAAUGAGAACACAUCGGGUUGUUGUCCGGUGACAGUGACUUCAUUGCCACCCGAUCUGGGCGUUCACAUCGAUCCCGACCGAGAGAUCGAACGAAUUCAUACCAUAUUCCUCCAGAAUAUGGAAAAUCUGGAGACUUUGAUAGAAUUAUGUGAGAAACAGCAUUUGCAACAACACCAUCAUCACCACAAUGCCAACCAUCACACCCAUCACCAUAAUGCAAACUCUGCUCGAAUCAACGCUAUGCCAACCCAUACAACCAACCCAUACAAUAACCGAAUGCCUCACUUCGUUAUUGAGGACAGACAUACACUUUGGGAAACACUCAAAGAAUUACGACAAUGUGUUAUAAGACUCGAACAAAACCACAAACAAUACAUGAGAAGUGUUUGCGUGCGAACUAUCUAUGGUUCAGAACAGGCGCCCAUAGGGGACGACAAUUACCUUCUCAUGUUAGCCAAACACUGCACCACUUAAUCACUUAAUUUAUUUUAUACUCAAGUCUCACCCAUUCAUACAGAAUUACAAUUUGCUAAACAUAUGCAUAAUUAUCGAUAUUAUUAUUAUUAUAUAUAUUUCUUAUCAUUGAUUUGGA